GAAAGGAACAAUGGCUUUGAUGUCCUCUAUCACAACAUGAAACAUGGACAUUUGUCAACAAAAGACUUAGCAGACUUUAUAAGAGAGAGGGCUACAAUAGAGGAGGCAUAUUCAAGGUCAAUGACAAAACUAGCCAAAUCAGCAAGCAAUUACACACAACUUGGGACAUUUGCACCAGUUUGGGAUGUUUUCAAAACCUCAACAGAAAAACUAGCAAGCUGUCACUUGGAUCUUGUGCGGAGAUUGCAAGAGCUAAUAAAAGAAGUUCAUAAGUAUGGAGAUGAACAAAUCAAAGCUUAUAAAAAGACUAAAGAAGAUGUUUCAGGAACAUUGGAAGCAGUGCAAAAUAUUCAAAGUAUCACUCAGGCCUUACAGAAAUCAAAGGAAAACUACAAUACAAAGUGUCUGGAACAAGAACGUUUGAAAAAGGAAGGAGCAACACAGAGAGAAGUUGAUAAGGCAGCGGUUAAAUCCAAAAAAGCUACAGAUACCUAUAAACUGUAUGUGGAGAAAUACGCUGCAUUUAAAUCUGAUUUUGAACAGAAAAUGACAGAAACUGCACAGAAAUUUCAAGACAUUGAAGAAACACACCUUCUUCGUAUGAAGGAGAUUAUAGAAUCAUUGUCAAAUACCAUAAAAGAAAUUCACUUACAAAUAGGAGAGGUGCACGAAGAGUUUAUUAAUAACAUGACAAAUACUACGGUUGAGAGUUUAAUACAGAAAUUUGCUGAGUCAAAAGGAACUGGCAAGGAAAGACCUGGUCCUAUUGAAUUUGAAGAAUGUAACACAUCCAGUGCAGUUGAAGGAAUGAAACCACGGAAGAGGAAGCCUUUUGGUUUAUCAGGAAUAAUGAAAAAAGAAAAAGAUACUGAAUCUGUGGAGUGUCCAGAUGCAGACUCAGUUAAUAUUCCUGAUGUAGAUGAUGAAGGAUACAGCAUUAAACCAGAAGCAACACAGGAUACCAAAGAGAACCAUUUCUAUUCAUCCAGUGAUUCUGACUCUGAAGAUGAUGAACCUAGGAGGUUCCAUGUAGAAAUAAAACCUGUCCAGCCAAAUAAUAGUUCUCAAUAUACCAUGCCUUCCUUGGAUGAAUUAAAAGUAUCUAUAGGAAACAUCACUCUUUCUCCAGCAGUAUCUCAGAGACACAGUCCUGCACAGAUUACUCGAAAUUCAUCCAGUGAAGAGUUAACAAAAUCAAAGCUUUCUGCUCCAACUAAUGAAAAGGGGAACAGUGACCUCCUGGCAUGGGAUCCGCUCUUCAGCAGUUCUCUUGAAUCUUCCUCUUCAGCUUCCUUGGCAUCCUCAUCCUCCUCAGCAAGGCCCACAACUCCUCUUUCUGUAGGCACCAUUGUACCCCCUCCAAGGCCUGCUUCAAGACCAAAGCUGUCUACCGGGAAACUUAGUGGGAUUAAUGAAAUACCUAGGCCAUUCAGUCCUCCGUUGACCUCUAACUCAAGUCCACCUCCUGCAGCUCCCUUGGCACGUGCAGAGAGCAUUUCCUCAAUAUCCUCUUCUGCUUCCCUCAGUGCUGCCAACACACCUACAGUUGGUGUUUCACGUGGUCCCAGCCCUGUCAGCCUUGGAAACCAGGACACCUUGCCUGUUGCAGUAGCCCUUACUGAAUCUGUUAACGCCUACUUUAAAGGAGCAGACCCCACAAAAUGUAUCGUGAAGAUAACUGGUGAUAUGACAGUGUCAUUCCCAAGUGGGAUUAUUAAAGUCUUCACCAGCAACCCAUCUCCAGCUGUGCUGUGCUUCAGGGUGAAAAACACAAGCAAACUAGAGCAGAUUCUUCCAAAUGCACAACUUGUAUACAGUGAUCAGUCACAAAGUGACUCCAGUACUAAGGAUUUUUGGAUGAACAUGCAAGCUAUAACUGUCUACCUCAAGAAAUUAUCAGAACAGAAUCCAUCUGCAUCCUAUUACAAUGUGGAUGUUUUAAAGUAUCAGGUAUCUUCAAACGGCAUCCAGUCCACUCCCUUGAACCUUGCAACUUACUGGAAAUGUAAUGCUAGCACUACUGAUGUGAGAGUGGAUUAUAAGUACAAUCCAGAGUCUAUGAAUGUGCCUAGUAUGCUAUCUAAUAUCCAGGUUGUGGUCCCAGUAGAUGGAGGAGUCACAAACAUGCAAUCACUUCCACCUGCAAAAUGGAAUGCAGAGCAGAUGAAAGCAUAUUGGAAAAUAUCUAGUAUUUCAGAGAAGUCUGAGAAUGGAGGUUCUGGAUCCCUCAGGGCAAAAUUUGAACUUUCAGAAGGACCCAGUAAACCAGCAACGCUUGCAGUGCAAUUCAUUAGUGAAGGAAGCACUCUUUCAGGAGUAGAUGUGGAACUUGUAGGCACUGGCUAUCGGCUUUCCCUCCUUAAGAAGAGAUUUGCCACUGGACGGUAUAUGGCAGACUGCUGAUGUACCCAAGAAAGCCAUUGGAUCAAAGGAGUGUAAGAAGCUCACUCUGCCCUCUCUACUUUUUAAACACUAUAUUAACAUGCAUUAAUUUUUUCAAAAUGUUGACCAACUUUGAGGCUGAAGUACAGAAAAUGCACUUUCUAAAGUCAUUUUGCAAACUUUUAAUUACUUUAUAAUAGCACUGAAGUUAACUUCAACACUGUCUGUAAAUGAUCAACUACAAUAUUUGGGGAAAAUUGUUGAAAUUUCAGUAAAUUUACAUAGAUGAAGUUAAAAUAUUAGUCCAUAGUUGCAAUGAAAGUAUGGAAUUGUAUGUUAUACUGUAAACAUUAAGCCUAAAAAUGUAGGAGAGCAAUUAAGAAAUAUUUGCGCUUUCCAUAAGUAAUAUUAAUUUUUCAUAUUUCUUAAUUGCCACUUUUUAAAGAAAGCAGAGGCAAAGUCUCGUGUAGUUCGUCUAUCCACUCAUGCCACAAAACCAGCUGAGUUAGAGAUGUAUAAAAGAAAUGUAACUUGAUGCUCCUGUAUCAUAUAUUAUUAACAUGUAAGUUGGGUUAUAAAGGUUUUUUUUCCUAAGUGCAAUGUGUUACAAAAUUGCAAAAGACAGCAGAGAUUUACUUCUGCAUUUAGUAAAUUUUUGGGGUGUUUUGUUUGCUUUAAUUAAUGCUGUAGAUUUAAUUUAUUUUUCUAUGAAAUGCAUAACAUUUGUGCCUUUAAAAAAAGCCUGUGCCUAUCCAAUUUUUUAUUCACGUGCCUCACUUCCUGUUUCAAAGUUUGGCUCUUCAUCAAGAAAGCACAGUGUUUGUAUAAUACACACAACUUUAUAAAAAAUCCUUUGACUGGGAUUUAUUUAGAAGGCAGAUUUGCAAAAACUGGAGAUUGUUUUAAAAGAGGUUUAAAAUACUGGAUUACUUCCUCAUGGGGUAAUUGCAAUAAAUGUGGUCAUAGUAAAGGGAGAUGCAUCAUGCAGGUCUUUGAAACACUGAUACAGUAACUUUAAAGUCACCAGAGAUGAGAUGCCUGAAAAAUCACCAACAGUGGUAAAAGCAAACAGCAUUUCCCUUCACUGUGACUGCAAGUCUUUGGACUUAAGAGUGGAUUUGGGGUUGUGUGAUGUGAAUGUAAACAUAGUACUUUGGAAGGAAUAGUGUUAUAGAAGGGUAUUCUAUGGCGGCAGGAUGACAAGUACUGCCCUUUCUAUUAGUUUAAAUCUUUUCCUUAGCCACCAAUUUUAAUAUUUGUAUUGUCAUCUAAUCUGCUUGCCACAGCCUAAGCACAGGGAAGUGACACAUUAGUAGCAUUUUUUAAAGUAAGUCACUAAUUUAGAAAAUCUUCUAUAUCUUCGUAUUGUCAAGUAUUUUUUCAGUGCUGAAAUUAAAAGUAUUGGGGCAAAAUAAUUCAAUAAACUGCACAUGGAAAUUUCAUGUGACCAUUUUGAAUACCAGUAUCUAUUUCAAAUUGUCUAUUAAAACCAUAAAACAUGCUUGAACUAAUUCAUGCAAAACCAGUAACGACUUGGACUGCUGAAGCUUUACAAGAAAUUAAGCUUUGUAGAGGCUGCAUAAAUUCUAAUGUAUAUCACACAGUUUUGCAGAUGGAGAGUUUCGUUGUUAGCACUAAGUACAUACUGUACUGUAGAUUUGAUUGGAAGAGUAGAUUUGGCUCUUAAUUUGCUAAUCUUAUUGAAUGGUAAAUUUUUAACUCAUCAAAUGGUACAGUCUUUUUACUGGAAUCUUAAUUGUAAUCUGCUUUACAGUCAAACUGUGUUUAACAUGACAAUAUUUUGUUAGUGAAAACUCAAAACUCUAUUGCUAUUCUUAAUCAAGUAUUACUUUCAUUUCUAAGUUAAAUGAAGUAGUUAUGUUUCAGCACUUUUAAACUAGCCUUCAUUCAGGUGAUUAUACAUACAUUUGCAUUGGGUGCAGGUUACAAUUUUGAAGCCAUACAAGUUUAUAUAGACUUUUUGUAAAGAAAUUCAGAAACAAUGUAAAAAGUACCUGUAGCUAUCUGAUAAAAAACCCACGUAUAUAGCAAGCUGGUUCUUGCUUGUGUAUACAGCAAUAUCCGUUGUAGCUGCCUCCUAAGAAAAUUGAUUUGUAAACACAGCUCUAAAGGAUCUGAAUUUUUAUGAAUUGUUACUACGUCAGACUGUAAAUUAGAGCAUACAAGUUUAUCUUAGAAAAAUUGUAAAUACUUCUGAUUUUUCAUAAAAUGUAAAUUUUUAAAAAAUUUGCACCCAUAAUAAACAUGUAAUAUAUAAUUUAAAUACUGAUUUAUAAUGCCUAUACUUUUGCAGUUAGUCCCACAGAGCUUCUAAGCAAUAAGAUAACAGAAGAAAACUAUGCCUGUAUUGAACAUUUUAGAAGUGCUAAUUGAUUUUUAAGUGACACGGGGUAGAUAGUAUAUGAACUCUUCUAUAUAUGUAAAAAGAUCACAGAGAAGGUAGGUGGAAAGAUGACUUCUGCGAAGAGUUGUAUCUUUACUAAACUGGAAUGCCCGCGAUGUCUGCAAUUACUUAUGCGUUUACUAAAUUGAUAUGCUUAACUAAUAACUUAGAUUAGGUAAAACUCCAGAUAUGUUUAUCAGAAAAAUCUCGACUUGUAGACAUGAACUGCCCUUUGUAAAUAGUGCUAUCAAAUACAUUCCCUAACUUCCUUAAUAAGCUUAUAUUUUGUUGAAUGCACAGGAAAAAAAAAAAAAUUUGAUUGAAGUAAUUCAGAUUUAUGUUCCACUAGUCAAAAAAAGUAGGCGAUUAAAGUACUACUUCAGCAGCCUGAGAAUAUUCCUUCUAAGUUGCAAGCACAGAAACAGAAGUUGAAACUGAACAAAUGCAUUUGAAUCUGUUUCUUUCCUACUGAUAACCACAGCCUGUGUAAGUUUAGUAAUGACUUAUUAAAUUGACUUUCUCAGCUGGCUGGAUAUCACUGCAGUAAGUACCAUUCUUGUCAUGCUGGAAAGCAAUAGUCCAAGGGCUUGAUUCCUAUCUUUUGCUGAAAAGCAGGAGUGAAGAAUUCAAGUGCCCAACAGUCAGACCGAAUGGUCCAUCUAGCUCAGUAGUUUGUCUUCAACAAUGGCCAAUGAACAGACUAUGGCAUGGAGAGGCCACAAGCCAUUUCCUUUCGAGUCCCUCAGCAUCCUCAGUUAUUGGUUAAGGAUGUAAAAGGGUACAGCGCUGCUCAGUUCUUCUAGUAUUCACUGAACGUAGUGUCUGAGAUUACUGCUAUGGCAGUUCUGUUAGCAUUUGACCUUUGUUAACCGUAAGCCACUGCCCACAUACUACUCACAACUACUAUAAACUGGAUUUAUACUGCUCAAGCAAGUUUGUGAUUAUCUAAGUACAUGAUCAGGUAGUUUUUCAGGGAUAACUGACUACCUCUACCACUGCCGAAUAAUAUUUAUGUUGGGUAUUUGAAGGAGCUAAGGUAUUUGAUUAUCAACUGGAACAGCAUGGGAGUUACAGGUGUAGUGGAUUUUGCUAUCUAACUAGAAAGGAAGGUCUUGCAUCAUGCCAGAAAGGAUUACAUUUCAAAUCUUGUGUGUUUGAGAAGCUUAAGAUAGGCAUCUUAAUAUCUGUGUACCUUUUUUUUCUUGGAAUUGCUAGAUAAUUGGUUUCCAUUUCAGUUGUCAUGAAAGAGCAAUUUUAGAGCAUGCAAGAAAAAAAACUGGGAAUUCCUCCAAGGACAGAGUAAGCUAAAAACAGUUCAGGGUACUAAAGCAGCAAAUAACAUAUUUACUGUGUGGUGCACUUGAUUGGACUGAUUACCGGGCCUCUUAAUUGAAAACAAUGUUUAUCUUCAACUCUGCAUAUUAUUACAGUACUGAGUAUUCCUUCUCAACUCAGUUUGACCUCAGUUUUUACUGACAUGUUGCUUUUUAAGUUCUCCCAUAGUUCAUUCAAUAACAAAUAGAAAACAUACAGCCUUUAGAGAAUAAAAUAAUUUUUAAAACACAAGAGGUCUCUUCUGGAUUACUUAUUAAAUACUUAAUACUAAAAUUCUGC